UGAUAUUUUUCCUCACUAAUUGGUCUUUAGACCAAUCACAUCCCGUCUUUUUCAGAGCUGGUUCGGAUUUGUCAAAAAGACCAAUUAGUGAAAAAAUAUCAGAAUUGGGCUGCAUGUGUAAGCACUGUAAGUGAGAGCGAAGUGUUUCAUCGUGCUCAUCUGAUCUGUGGUGCUGCUCGUGCCAAUGUCAUAACUCCAAGUCUACCGUUUAAAUGUAUUGUAAAAAAUCCUGAAAUGCGCUUUAUCUUAAGAUUUGUCGCCAGAGAGAAAGUAUAUAUUUUCUAUAGAAUAGUCUAUCCAGGCCCUCUGUUUUAGUACUCAUUUCCCACUAACAGGGAUUGUGAAAUGGUGAUCUAAAGCUGUUUGUGAUUGGACGUGUGAUGGCUCAAAAUGUCUCCCUUCCUUCCAGGCGUGUAUGUCUUUGCCCAGUGGCCUGACGAUGCACUCCUUACCUGUCAGACAGGUGGGUAUAGACAUGACCCCCCCUACCCACCACCCUGCCCACCAUAACCCUCAUGUCCCAUCCAACCCCCAGCCUCUGUCCAGCCCCCACCCCACCAGCUACACACACCAGAAUGGUCCUAAGUUUCACGUGAAAGGCUUCCACAAUCCAGCUGUGGUCCACAGUCCCGCCCUGGCCAACCGCGCCCACACGCACCCUCUCACACACGCCCACACACACUCACACACGCAGUACCGCAACACCUGGCGCCGUCGGAAGAGGGACAGCCUGCCAGUAAGCCUGAGCAGAUAAAGGAUAAAACAUCCCCCUUUUCCUCUCCUCCUGCCUUCAUCCCUCUCUCAUUCUGACUGAUUGGGAAGACAACUUCAUGAGACAAUGCUCCCUGCUGUUCAACUUGGAGGACAGGCAGGCAGAGGCACCAGACCAGCAUUGGGAUUCAUUCAACAAUUUGGGCUGCUGAACUUUGGCCCCGAGGAGGGAAAGAAGUGUAGCUCUGGGAAAACUCUUUCUCCAUCGCUCAUCCUCUCCCCAUUUCUGCAUGUUUUUUACUGCGCAAUGAACCAACGGCCAACGAUACGGGAACGAGCAGUGCGGCUAGCGAACAGAACGCAGCGCAACCCAACGUGCAUUCUGACCCCAGAACUUUUCCGCAGCUCUCCAGUCUGCUCUUUCACUUCCUGUUUGGGAUCCACAUUUUGUUUUCUUUUUGUUAAUGUUUAUUGUUCACAUUAAUAUUAAAAUAAUGGCGCUUUGCCCAUUUUCACAUACGUUCAAGGAGGCUGAGGAUAGUGACAUCUUUGCCAGGUGGAAGUAGCGAAAGCCCAGUGUCGUGUUGUAAAUUGAGUUUAUUUUUGUUUUUUUGACUGGGUUGCGUUGUGAAGGCCUUUGUCCUUGAACCCCGCAGCCAAGCUGUAUCUUAUUCAGUGUUCACACAAUGGACGGUUCCUAAUUUGUGCAAUAAUGUGUUCUAUUUUUUUUUAAAUCUUAUCAAUCUUUAUUUAAUUUUAUUAUUCGUGUAUGUAAAGGAAUUUUGGUGUUAUGCUUUUAAGAUUGUAUUUUUUUUCCCAAGAGUUUACAAAACCUUUCCCCAGAUGGCCUCCGGUCUGGAGAGUGUGUGACGGAGUGUGUGUCUGUGUCAUGAGUGUGUGUCAAUUGGUGAGUUGUGUGUAUCUUGUUGGUGUCAAAGUAUAGUUGAACCCCCCCAUGGGUGUUUUAUAAUGUGUGAAAAGGAAGAAUCAGAAGGAGCUAAGUCACUUCAGACUACUGCAAUGCAACCUCUAUUGUUGACAGGUUAAAUGUCUGUAAUCUCACAUUGUCUCACUAGAUGGAGCUCUUACUACAGCAGAGUCACAGUGGACUGACUGACUGACUGACUGACUGACUGAGCUCUAACUAUAGCAGAGUCACAGUGGACUGACUGACUGACUGACUGACUGA